AUGAAAUAUAAUACUAAUUCAAAAACUAAAUUAUUUAUUUUAUUUGCAGUUUCUGCAAUUUCCAUUACAGUAGCAGCAAAUAAUGAUACUUGUAGUUCUCAUCUUGCAUUUGCUAAGGCAAGAAGCAUACUUACCUACGUACUUAAUUCAGAUAGUUAAGGUAAGUAAAAGAAUGAUGUUCUUCAAAAGUAAUUCCAAAAUGCUAACCCUACUAAUAAAACAAAGGAGGAAUUGGGUGUCUGCUUUCAAUAUGCUAAUUAAAACACUUGUUGUGAUCAAAAUAUAGUAAAAUUGAUAGACUAAGCUGCUUUAUUAAAAGUAAAGCCUCUCUAAUAAUCCAAAAGUGCUUUUCAAAAGCUAAUCAGUGUUUAUAUUGCUUAGGUCAAUAAAAAUUGCACUAGUAAUGUUCUUCCCUCUUCUCCUCUUAAUUUUGAUGAUAUUUUUAAAAACUCUACUCUUAAGAUUUUACAAUCUAACAGAACAGCUCAAGCCAAUUGCAAAAUUAAUUUUGCUAAGGCCAUUUCUUCAUUCACAAGGGGGGCUUUGUGCUCUAUUUGUGCUGGUGUUGAAAAAGUUAAUGACUAUUUCAAUGAUUAAGGUUAAUUAAAGAUUUCUCAGUCUUCUGUAAAUAUCUUUUAAUAAUAAACUGAUCAAGCUAUAUCUUGUUUUUCAAGCUUCUUAACUGCUUCUAACAUAGAAAUCAUUGUUAAGGAAUUAAAUGCUGCUUACAUCAAGAAUAAUAAUAUUUGUGGUUAAAACGUCCUUACAAAUAUCAAAGCAAUUUUUGCUAACUCUAAAGUUUUAAAUAAUGAUGGAAAAGGUGGUAAAAUAUGUAAGGGAACAACAGUCUUUGGAGAUAACUCUGCAUGUGAGAAAGUUUUGUAAGGAGAUUCAAAUCUUGAAUAUAACAAUUUAAGAUUUCUUCGAUUUGAUGACUAAGAUAUGAACAGAUUACUUUAAAGCGUUGAAGACUCAGUUGUUGAUCCAAAUGGUGUUAAUAUUUAUAUAACAAGUAACAAUGAUAAUUAAAUAGAUGAAAAUGGUAAUGGAAUUAUGGCUAAUUUUGAUGGAAUAAACACUAAUUUUGGUUUAAAUAAAACUAUUGGUGCUUUAUUUGGAUUAAUAUAUUUCUUAUUUUGA